AAAUAAUUUAAUGACAUUUGUUAUUAUCGAUGAGAAUAAUAAAUACACACUAAAACACUAAAAAUAAAACGUAAACAUUAAGUGUCAAAUUGAUAUGGUUUGAAACAAUCUUGAUCAAGAGAACAUCAGUAAAACAUGGAAUUCCAAAACUCUUCAUCAGUGUGGAAAAAUUGUGAUUUGAAUCGAUGAUGUAGCAGUCCAAGUCAGUCUGUAUGAAAAUAUUUACCAGAGCCUUUGCUGCUGCAACAAUAAUGGAUUGGCCUCCAAAGCUCGACUGACAGCAAGAGAAAGGAUAAGCUGUGAAUCGAGAGUAGCAGUAUAGAGCGAACCAAUCGGAAGCCAUCUUGCAUAAUUUGACUUUAAAUGGAUGUGCACAAGUGUGCCAAUUAACCAAUGAAAAUGCAUGUGACAUAGAGCUGCGAGGAAAAGUGGGUGGAGUUACCAAAUUGAAGUGAAGACAUAGUGCGACUCUCUGAAACUUUUAUCUGGAAAAUGACCAACACUCGGAAAUUCAGAUGAAGAAGACGCUAGGAAGCUGUGCUAACACAAUGAUGCGGUUCAACAAGAGGGCGUUUGUGUGCCUGCUCGCCCUGUGUACGGUCCUCACAUGCUUCUCGUUCUGGUCGCGCUGCACCACCAGCACAAACCCAGAAAGGCAAGCAGUGUCCACAGAAGAGUCGGACCAGGCCCUGCACUUCCACAACCGGAACGCCAAGAACUACGACCUGCCGGUCGAGAUGGAGAUCCCGGUUGCCGCUGCAACAUCGCCCAUGCACGACGUGGAUUGCGACAUCAAUCACCAGUACAUCGUCCAUUGUCGCCGAGAGAAUGACGAGAUCUACAUGCCAUUUAGCUUCAUCAAGAAAUACUUUGAGGUUUAUGGAGAGCUGCAGUCGGUAGAGGGCCAGGAGAAGUUUGAGUUCUCUCACAGCUACUCAGAGGUCCACCAGCCCCCCGACGUGAUCCGACCAGACGGCAUUUUCAUGUCCUUUGAGCAUUACAAUGUGGAGAUACGCAAACGUGUGCUGUGUGUCACUGCCACAGAAGGUGUGCCAAUGUCAACACAGUGGGAGCCAGCUGGUCACUACUAUCCCAUCCAGAUCGCCCAGUUCGGCCUGUCCCACUACAGCAAGCAGAUCUUCGAGGGCGACCCAGAGGUCACGACCCUGCUGAGCGGCAACGACCUUGACCUAGAUAGGUGGCUGGUCGCCAGUAAGACCACAGUGCACAGUCUGUUUGACAAGAUGCGCCUGUCUGAUGUGAUUGAGUUCCAGUCGUCAGACUCCUUGACCAAUCAGGGUUUCCAUGCAUCAAUGAAAGAAGGCUCACACUUUGCCGUUACCAUGGAUAUUAAGUUUAUCUCAAACGGGAGCAUCACAGCGACCAUUCGAAGUGACUCCAACACAUUCCGUGUUCAUUACGUUUUCUCAAGGCGGCUCAUAUCUUGCAGUGGAAGAGACAUUUACUACGGACUCGGUGAAAAUCAUCUUGGGAAGUGGAUUCAUUUAGCGAGAGACAUCGACCUUGAUUUAUUCAAGGGUCUGGCUCUGAAGUGUUCAAAAUCGAGAAAAACAAAGGAUUUUACGUUGUUAGACAUUGCCAUUCGUGGUCACGGGUGGGUAGAUAACGUGACGAUAUCGUCUUCUGCACACAUGGAUCAUUUCUACGAUGCCGCCAACUGGUUCUUGAACAAUCAAGACACAAGGGGUGGCUGGCCAAUCGGUGUCCAGCGUAAGCUUAUUCCUGAUGUUAUGGAGCUAGCGCCAGGCUGGUAUUCAGCCAUGGCUCAGGGUCAAGCCAUGUCCACAUUAGUGCGAGCAUACCUAAAAUCUAAUAACAGCGUGUAUUUACAUGCGGCUGAAAACGCUCUGAAAAUAUUUGAAAUCAGCAGUGCUCAGGGCGGUGUCAAGGCAAGAUUUGGCGACACCUAUGACUGGUACGAGGAGUAUCCCACUACUCCGAGUAGUUUUGUGCUAAACGGGUUCAUUUUCUCCCUUUUUGGACUCUAUGACUUGAAACAAGUCGCGAGCGGCGAGGCGUUAGAAACAGUGACACGUUUUUAUAACGAGGGACUACGGUCCCUGAAAGCAAUGUUGUUAAUGUACGACUCGGGUACGGGUACUUUUUAUGAUCUCCGUCACUUGACCGUGGGUCUUGGCCCUAAUCGCGCCCGCUGGGACUAUCACACAGUGCAUAUCAGUCAGCUUCUGCAGCUCAGUCGCAUGGAAGACGAUCCGCUAUUUGCUAGGACAGCUAAACGCUGGGACGAGUAUCGCGUGGGCAAAUGGGCACCUCAUAAUUAAAAAUACCUGGUGUUGUGUGUGUGAUAAGAGUGGAAUAUAGCCUUUUUGGAAGUUAUAAAAUGUGGUAUGUACCCUAUCACAGAAAGGUCGAAAGAUUGGAAUGUUACAAAGAGUGGUGUGUUGUUUAUCAUGGGGAGUUAAAAAGAGUGAAGCCUAUCAUGGGAAGUUACAAAGAGUGGAAUGAAGCAUAUCUUGUGAAAUUUAGUCUAUCAUGUGAAGUUACAUGAUGGUGACUUCUUAGUAUUGGCAAGAUCCACAGUCCAACUGUAGACAGCUUGUAGUUGCACUGAGGAAUCAAGAGUUCUGUGAUAAUUGUGUCUCGAUGGAAUGAGCGGUUGUGUUCAUUUUUCAUUACAAAAAGCAAGAAACUAUCUGCUGAUUCCACAGAUAUGGAUGUUCAACAGGAAACCUGGCUAAAGGAAGUUAAGUAAACGCAGGACAACUGCAGAAGAUUGUUAUAUUGUCUCAAUGGGACACAAGAAAAAUGUGUUCAUAAACCAUGAGACAAUUUAUGACUAUGUGGCUAUCUGUAAUAAACAGAUAAUAAACAGACAAACUUGCUUCAGGCAGUCUCAGGGUCCAAGGACAGAAAAGAACGGAAAUGUGUACCUAGCUAGCAGAGCAAUAUUUAUAUUGAUUUGAUUAUAAUCAAGGGAAAGAUCUACGAAGGAAUUUGUAAGAAAACUCAUUACACAUUUGUAUUGUCCUAUGCUUUCAUUAUUUUUUGCUAUAUGUUAUCAAAAUUAAUACUAAAGCAGUUCAUUUGCAGAAUUGUGUACAUUGAUUCCGAUGUGAGCUGGUAUUUCAUUCAAUUUGUAUUUUUAAGCCAAAAUUACGCUAAAGAAAUGUAUUGCAUCAUUGUUGUUUCUGUUUAAAUGAAUUGUUGUUGCAAUAGAUUAAUUUACUCAGUUACUAAAAGUAUUUUGAGAAAAUGUACCUGUUUGUGCCAAUUGCUUCACAUUUGGUUUGCCUAAUCAGGGUAUAGGAUCAACGGGGUUCACACGGGUUUACAUACGGGCAAGACAGAAUGAAAACACACUGUUGAGAUCUUUUGUUUUACAAAUGUCUCAAGUUAUUGAAAUAUGUUACAAAUGUAGCAAAAAUCUUAAGUGCAUAACAGACAGUUUUUCUUGCAGUUUGUGGCGAUUCCUUAAGAUUUAAGAAUACAUGAUUCAAUACGCCUGAAAUCGGUGCCAAAAUUUCAUGUUGCAUGCAGCACAACCAUGUUUAUGAAUUCAUUAUACAUAGAAUUGUUGAAUAUCUGGCCAAGAACACAGUCUUAUUAAAUUAAAUAAUUCCGAUGUUUUUCACAUUGCCGUAUUAAGCGACAUAUAAAACUGUAUUUUAUGCACUAGUUGAAUUUCUUAAGAAAAAUUGUUUUAAAAAGUAAUUUAAAAAAUAAAGAACGACUAACUGGUGUGUUAACAGUCAUUUACAUCCAUUUGUGAACCCCAUUAAGUCAGGUGAUCCUGUACCAUGUAAUUGAUGUGUGCGACAGGUUAAAUGUCUUAUAGUGUUCCAUUUAUAACAGACAUGUACACUGUGCUUCACUCCUCAUAAGUACAUGUAUCAUUAUAAGUAUUGUAUGUAUAUAUAAGAGAUUGUAAUACCCUGUUGUGAUAUCAUGUAAAUAUGUCUAGAUUUAACUAUUGAUCCGCGUUCUGAGAAAACUGGGCUUAAUGCAUGUGCGUAAAGUGUCGUCCCAGAUUAGCCACAACUUUAACAUUUGCAAUAACUUUUGUAAUAUUGAAGAUAGCAACUUGAUAUUUGGCAUGCAUAUGUCUGUGCAGUCUGCACAUGCUAAUCAGGGACGACACUUUCUGCUUUUACGGUAUUUUUAGUUUCAAGGAAGUCCCUCCUUACCGAAAAUCAAGUUUAGGCGGAAAGUGUCAUCCCUGAUUAGCCUGUGCGGACUGCACAGACUAAUCAGGGACGACACUUUACGCACAUGCAUUAUGCCCAGUUUUCUCUGAACAUGACUCGAUUCAUGAACCAGAGUGGUUUUAAAAUUUCCAGAAAGAGGUGAUAUCAGAUGUAGAUGUAAAUAGUAUUUACCUUGAUUAAAUUAAUUCAGUUGUUGGGUAUGUAAAUAAUGAAUAUAUCAGAAUAAUGUUAUAUAAGCAAAACUUAAUUGUUUUCUAAUUGAGCACAUAUCACUAUUUAUCCAAUACUUCAAUUUCCAGUAUCAACCUGUGACCUUCGAACACACAUACUUUUUACCACAGCAGACCUUUUAUUUGGAUGAUUUUAUAGCCGAUGUUUAGUCAAAUUCCCAACGACAAAAAAUGUUUUGUUUUUCUUCUAUAAACUUCCAAAACUCCCAAUAUGUUUCUAUUUCUAAAGUUUUGGUAAUAGAAAUGUUAAAGUGCAUAAAUAAAGAAACCAGUUAUUUUACUGUUUACAAGAUUUAAAAUUUAGCCAAUUAAAUUAAGCUUCUAUGUUACCGUCAUUUUAAGCAGUCAAGAUGCACAUUUUAGGAAAAGUGACAAUUUCCUUUGGGUGCGGGAUAUUACUGUAAUAUUUUCGCAAAUACUAGUAUCAGAGAUUUGUGUUUUGUAUUUAGCUUGAGGCACUAUACUAAUAUGUUUUAAUCUUCUAUUGUGGCAUAAUAAACAGACCAUUCCAAUUAAUUGUAUAGGAUAUUUAAAGUGUGUUAACACCAAUCAUAUUAUGUUUUCUUUGGGGAAAUGAAUGCUUUAUACAUAUCGUUGAUUGCUUACAUAUAUUAUAAAUAUUUUGCAUGUUUGAAUAUCCAACACAAUGAGAAAUCGUGUGCUGAGAUUCAUAUUUGCAGCGUUUUAACAAUGGUUGUGUAAUAAGUUUCACUUAUUUUUCCUCCUGAACACAUUUUGUUCAAUAUUGUGUCUUAAAAAUGAUUUUCUUGUAAGAAUAUCUGUGAAGUCCCAACAAUUUCUUGGCGUCAAUCAUUCUUCUACUUAUGCUACUGGUAGCAUUAACCAAAGUAUCCAUGCUUUUAUUUCAUUAUGAAUAUUGUUGACAAACACAGGCAACCAUUAUUUUAGCAGACUAUAUAUUAAAUAUAUAUGUAAAAUGAUACCAACAAAGACUGACACAAUGAGCACAUAAAAUUGAUUUGUAUAAACAUAUAAUUGUCUUUUUUUUUUCAUGUGAAAUUCUGUUCAAAUACACCCCAAUACAUUACUUCUGAGCACUUUUAUAUUUAAUGUGAUAGUUGUUACAUUAAAAAAAGGACUGACCAAUAAUCUGUGUAAUUGAUAAAUAAAACACGUCAAUUUAUUUUAAUUUUUUUGUAUCACUUUGAAUAUGUUAUCGGCUUGUUUUAAAAGUUUCUGGAAUCAACUACUUUACCUAUUAACUUAACAAAUGUUUGUAGUAAUCUCCUUUACUUGUUUAUGAAUGUUUUAUUUUGAACCAUAAUGCAUAUUUCUGGCAUACAUGUCUUACCUCCCUUCAAGGAUGUACACAUUAGUGUGCUUUCAUCUGCUAGUUACUUUUAUUCUUUAAGAUUUUUGUAACUGUAUACAUCUUUGAUUUGAUCAAUUUGGUCACUUUUUCAUACAACAGUGUUGUGGCCCCGCAUUUUGCUUGUUACCCAAUUAUGAUUGUUACUGAUUGUUGUCUAUGUAUUUUUGUUAUGUAUUUCAAUGCAGAAACAUUGAAUGCCUUUAAAGAUAAAAAUAAAAAUCUAAAUGCAU